AUGGACAUGGAUGCUCUGUUAUUAAAUCAAGCACCAUCAAUCAUGAUUGAUGAUGGAAAGAAAAUCAAUAGAUGUAGAAAUAAUCCUGAUGACUUUGCAGCAAAUCAACUUGACUUUGAUCACACAUUAAGUCAUCUUGGCAUUGAUAUUAGAGCAAGUCAACUUGAAAUUUAUCGUCCAUCAAGUCAACUUGAAGUUGAUCGUACAGCAAUUCAACUUGAAAUUGAUCAUAGAUCAAAGAAAAUUGACGUUGAUUGUAAACCAAGUCAACUUGACUUUGAUAGUACAGCAAAUCAACUUGACUUUUAUAGUGCAGCAAAUCAACUUGACGUUGAUCGUACGGCAAGUCAACUUGGGAUUGAUUAA